AAAUUACAUUCUCAGUGUGAAUUGGCUUAUUAUAUAUUUUGGGAUGCAACCGUGUUAAUGAAUGCAAUAGGAAUCAACACGUCAUAACAAAUAAUUGUACUAGAUACUGGUCUGAAAGGUGAUUUCUUUAAUUGUUUAGAUAAAGCAGUUGUUUUUUUAAGUAAAUAAAAUAUAUUGGAAUGGAGGCACUUUAUCAUCAAACAAAUCGCAUGAUUCAAGAGAUUGAACAGAGCUUUCAAAAACUUUCACAAUUAAAUGGCCCAAACACUACAGACGUGGAAAAUGAGAUUCAAAUGAAAAUUACUGCUGUAAACUCGAAUUGCGAUCGUCUUGAUGUACUGCUAUACAAAGUGCCGGCUUCCCAACGCCCAAGUACUAAAAUGCGGAUAGACCAAUUAAAGUAUGAUACUCGACACUUACUUAGUUCGCUGCAACUUUACCGAGAGAAGAAGCAGCGUCGUCUAGUAGAAAUGUCUGAACGGGAACAGCUAUUAAGUCAUCGUUUUACUGCAAAUGGUUCCGGCCCAACAGACACAUGCCUGGAAAUAGAUUAUUCACUGCAACAUCAUACACAACUUAAUAAUGCACAUCAAGGCGUGGAUGAAAUGAUUGCUUCUGGGGGAAAUAUACUAAGUAGCCUAAUCAAUCAACGUGAGACUUUGAAAGGGGCUCAUCGUCGUAUUCAUGCAAUAGGCAGUACACUCGGUUUAUCCAAUCACACUAUGAAAUUAAUUGAGCGUCGUUUUGUUGAAGAUAAAUAUGUAAUGUUGGGUGGCAUGUUUGUUACACUGCUAAUUAUUGCGUUAGUAAUUUAUUUCGUUGUAUUUUGAGCUGCGUAAUUCUCAAGUAUUUAUUUGACAUUUAAGUUAUCGAAGUAAAAUCUGUAGAUUAUAAAUUAAUAUAUGUAUGUAUCUUAAACGCCUAUAAUUUUAAAUACAUUAUUCAUAAUGUUUAAGAUUGUUAGAUAAAACUAAUUACGGAAAAAA